UUCAGUUUACUAGGAUACAUCGAGGUCUGGAAAUAUGCAAUUAUUUGCAUAACAACCUUGAACUCGGAACUGUCAUUGAGAUCUGUUAAAUUCUAAACAAUCAUUUUAUAUGAAAAUGGAUAAAAAUGCGGGAGUUCUCUCCACGCUUGAUAGUUACAAGGACUAUGCAGCCGAAUAUGAGAAGAGGAAGAACAUGGAGAAACCCAGUUCUCCGUCCUACUCCGACCAGAUUAAACAAACUGUAAACUCGAUGAAACAGAGAAAGAUCGAAGAUGAAAUCGCAGAAACCCUGAGAAAAAUAAAUGAGAGGGAAAAGGAGAACGUAAAAAGGUUUGAAGAGGAGAGGAAACAGAAAGAAGAGAAGAUGAGAAAAGAAGCGGAGAUAAAGAAUAAGAUUCAAGAGGAACUGAAUAAGAUUCUUGAACUAGAAGCUAAGCAUGCUCAGCAGAUACGGGAACAGGAGAGGAUUAGAGAGAUCGCUAGACUCAAGGAGCAAGAAGAAGAAGAAAGAAGAGUUGAAGAGGAAGAGAAGAAGAUAACAAGGAGGCAGCAGCAAGAGGAGAUCAAGAAAGUAAUGCAGGAAACAAUUGAGAUGAAGAGAAAGAAACUCAAAGAAGAGAAAGCUAAACAAUUAGAAGAAGAACUGAAAGAGAAGAAGAUAAAGGAGCAGAGACAACGGCAGGAAGAUCAGGAAAAAGAAAGAUUGAGAGCUGUAGAACUUGAGAAAGCCAGAUUGUGGAAAGAGGAAACAGAGAGACAAAGACGAAAAGAAGAGAAGGAAAGAAUUCUUAAGUUUGAAGAAGCAAAGAGAAUUUCUAGCGCAUUGAUGGAAAGAAAAAAAUUGGAAGAAGAAGAACAGAAAAAAUUGAAAUCUGAAAUUGACGAAGGAAAAAUAAAAGAGGUU